UGCAGCACUCAGAGCAUGCUCCAGCACCAGCUGACACAGCUCCCGUGCGUCCAGGCCGGCCCCCCACGACUCCCGCUGCCAUGCGUUGCCCCUGGUGAUGGUGGGAAGUGUUGGGCUGCUGCAGGAGGGAAGGAGAGCAUCUGGCUGGCUGUCCACCUGCAGACACAGCAGGAGGUGAAGAUGCGGAUGAUGGGGAUGGCGAUGCAUGUGAUCCGCACCGAUGGCUUCUUUGCUCUCUACAAUGGGCUCAGCGCCUCGCUGUGCCGGCAGAUGACAUAUUCCUUGACUCGCUUUGGCAUUUAUGAGACCGCAAAGAAACACCUGGGCCAGGGCAGCCAGGGGCCUCCCCCCUUCUACCAGAAAGUGCUGAUGGCUGCAGCAGGAGGUUUCACUGGUGGGUUCGUGGGGACCCCGGCUGAUAUGGUGAACGUCAGGAUGCAGAACGACGUGAAGCAGCCGCCGGCUCAGCGGCGCAACUAUUCCCAUGCCCUGGACGGCAUGUACCGUGUCCUCCGGGAAGAGGGCCUGAAGAAACUCUUUUCAGGAGCUACUGUGGCAUCCUUCCGUGGGGCCCUCGUCACCAUUGGGCAGCUCUCCUGUUAUGACCAGGCCAAACAGCUGGUUCUCGCCACUGGGUUGCUGUCAGACAACAUUGUCACUCAUUUCCUGUCCAGCUUCAUUGCCGGCGGGUGUGCCACAUUCCUGUGCCAGCCCCUGGAUGUGCUCAAGACCCGCCUCAUGAACUCCCACGGGGAGUACCAGGGUGUUGUCCACUGUGCCAUGGAAACUGCCAAGCUCGGACCCCUCGCCUUCUACAAGGGCUUUGUUCCUGCUGCUGUCCGGCUCGUUCCUCAGACUGUUCUCACCUUUCUCUUCCUGGAGCAGCUGCGCAAAUAUUUUGGGAUCAAAGUGACCACCUGAGUUAGAGGGAUGGGACCCUGCCUCACCCCAGAGGGAUGAGCGUGUGGGUCACCCCCAAGAUCCCAGAACCUCUCUCUGCUCUCUGGGGCCAGCACCAUUCUCCCUCCUUUUGGCCCCAUUCCUGUGCCUUGCCAGCACCUGUGGCCAACCCCCCAGACUCCCCUCUCCUCUCACCCCCAUUCUCAGUAUCUCCAUUACCUCUGCACUACUGGUUUUGGGUUUCUUGCGGGGGUUUUUUGCUGUCUUCCUAUUGCCCUACUUCUGGCCUUGAGUUCUGUCCUUGCCCCUUUCAG